GGUCCGUUAGAUGUGCUGACCGUGUUUCUGCACGGAAAUAUUAAAAGUGAACACCGAGCGAGGCGAGGGGAGCGUUUCUCGCGGUGUGGCUUUAUAAAGUGUUGAAUAAUUUAGUUUAUUUUACACCAGUUUGGUUUAUUAUCCUUUCUUCUUUUGAGUCGGUGACACUACAGGAACAGCAGCAUGUCUGACAACGAGGACAACUUUGAUGAUGGAGAUUUUGAUGAUGUUGAAGAGGACGAAGGGCUGGAUGACUUGGAGAAUGUUGAAGAUGAGGACCAAGAGAACGUGCAGAUUCUCCCCGCUGGAGAAGGACAGCAGGCGAACCAGAAGAGAAUUACCACCCCAUACAUGACUAAAUAUGAGAGAGCGAGAGUACUGGGUACUCGCGCACUGCAGAUCGCGAUGUGUGCGCCGGUGAUGGUUGAGUUGGAAGGAGAAACAGACCCACUGCAAAUCGCCAUGAAGGAGCUCAAGAGCAGGAAGAUCCCCAUCAUCAUCCGCAGAUAUCUGCCCGACGGAAGCUACGAAGACUGGGGCUGCGACGAGCUCAUCAUUACCGACUAGUUUAACCUAAACACAUGCGCCAUGACACACAACUCAGCACUCACUGACUGGGACAAAAACCAACUGAAUCAACAAGAUCGUGACUGAUAAAGGCUACAAAAGCUAAACAGCUUUCAACUCGGAGAGCUUACAAUCAGUGAGCAUUAGAACCACACGAGUACAGCAGUCAGACCCAAUAAGAAGGAGAAGACGGCAAACUUCAAAUGUUUUGUACAUAACUGCACCCAGGGCAACCAUUCUUUCACACCUUGCUAUGUAAUGUAUUUGCAAGUUUAGAUUCCUCCACUAGAGGGAGCUAAUUACAUUUGCAGAGCACAUUAUGACUAUUUUUUUCAGGUAUGUUCUUUGUGUGAAAUAAUUUUAGUUUGUUUUAUUAAUGGUGGAAAUUAAACUUUUUGUAUUUAAAAAAAAAAAAAAGUUGUGAUGUUGGCCUUC